AAAGGACGCCGACUGCUACUCGCUCUUGGGGGCCGAUAUCAAAGAAUACCGUACUAGCAGCGACGAGAGAUCCAGCUAUCAGCCGCUUAACCUUAUGGCCAAUGGAUUUUUGACGCAGCUCUAUGGCCCGAACGUGGAGGGCGGCCACGACACUCGUCAAGCAGCCGACGAUACCGAGGCGCGUCGGCAACGGCUCCUCCAUGUCAAACAGCACUGGGAUCGCCCCGACCGUACGCCACGCAUGUACUCGGGCCGCUUCAUUAAACACGACUGCGAAGCUAUCAACGUCCGCAAGUCAAAGGACAAGCCGGAUGGCACCUACGGCAUGUCGAUGGGGAAGCCCGUGUGGGAGUGGGAGUUGGUCCCCAUUGAGGUUGGGAAGAACCACGAAAAGAUCAAGAAGGCGAGUGACGUAUUUGUACGCUGCGAGAAUGGUACAUUCACUAUAUCGGUUCGUCCCAUCCUACCCCACUGGUCACCACCAGCUGAUCUGCCCACAGCAGGCCACUCGUCCCCGCUCUCAAGCUGAGGGCGAAGUAGCUGGGAACAGUUCUGCUGACAAGACCGGAUCGGACCGUGAAGGCCAGCCCGUAUCAGAGGCGAGGAACGAGGCACCUGAGGACGAGAUUGCGUCAGAUGGUGAGGUCGAGGCGCUCCUCGAAGACGAUGCGCAUACGUCGACCGCAGACGUACCGCAGGAGACCAGCGGGGCCGUUUCCGUGAGCAAGCGGAAGCGCAAGGCCGAGGAGGAGGUCCCGGCACCCGGUUCCAAGCGCCCGCGGCGUACUACGCCUGGCGGACACCGCCGCAUGUCCUCCAAGGAGGUCCAAAUCGUGCGAUACGUGAACCACAUUAUGUCGUCCAAUGUCCGCUCGUAUGCUAUCGGACUCCUCAUCGAAGGGAACGCGAUGCGAGUCGUCUACGGUGAUCGAAUGGGUAUCGUGUUCACGAGGGCGUUCAAGUUCCUGGACAAGGAAGCCCAUCUGUUUCUCCUAGUUCUUGCCGCUAUAGGAGGCGCAGGCGUGCACGAUUUGGGAAUCCACCCGAUCCUCAGCUUCAACGAGCUCAAUAAAGAACGAGAUGUCUUCCACCCUGACCGGGGCUAUGCGUUGUCCAAGGCGCUUGUUCGACUAGAGGUUCGGGAUGCGCAGGGUGUCUCACGCCAGCUCGAGUUCGACAUUGAUGAAGCCGACAAGAUCCGCCCUGUCGACACCGCUUUCGGUCUCAUUGGUCGAGGGACGACGAUAAUCGCUGUAAAGGCCAAGGGUGGCCCAGCGCUCGAGAUGUGCGGGUCGGAACCGCUCGUUGUGAAGGUGGCGUGGCCACACAAGGCGCGUCAGGCUGAAGACAGGAUGAUACGUACUGUUCGUCGGCAAUUGUCCGCGAAGAAAGCGAAAUACCUGGAGUAUGUCGUGGACAUGAAGUGCGCGGUCACGAAGAGCAUCGAGGAGAUGGACCUGCCGCGUGUUGCGAUGGGGACCUACCCCGAGGAGCAAGACCUGCGCGUUUGCCGCACUCUGAUUUUCAAGCGCUACCGACGCUUGGAGGACAUCGGGUCUGCGGAGGGUUUCCACAUUGUGUUUGUGGAUGUCGUUCGUGCUCAUUACUGGGUGUACGAAACGUCGAAGAUACUUCACCGCGAUAUCAGCACCAACAACAUCAUGUGGUUCAUGAAGGAUGGGCAGGUUGUUGGCGUGAUCUGCGACUGGGAUCUCGCGGAAGAUCAUAGCAACGGCGAUGUUCGAACUAUUGAACCCGCGAAAGCGGCGAGCACUUCGUGGUUACCAUGGACGCGCACGGGUGCAAAGACGGCCGAUACGUCGAAUAUACCGAAGAGUCAAGCCAACGCUGAGCAAGUUCCGGGGUCGACGACUGUGCCGUCGGAGAGCGAGCGUCUGCAGAAACCGAGAUACCGCACCGGCACUGGCCCGUUCAUGGCGCUGGACCUUCUACGCGAAGGGGAUCCUCCAGUGCACAAGUAUCGCCACGACCUCGAAUCGUUCCUAUACGUCUACGUUUACACCGUCGCUGGAUACGAUCCGACAAACAAGAUAUUCCAACCGAUCCAGCAAUGGCAACUCGACUCGCUCAUCGCCAUCGGAGACAAGAAGCACAAGUUUCUGACAAAGAGGGCGGAGGCUCUGACUGUCUUGUCCUCCGCUCAUGCCGAUUUCAAGCCGUUAGUGGAGCCGGGAACUUUCCUGGCGCGGCUCAUCAACCUCUUUGGAGACCUUGAGUUCAAGAUGGAUGAAAUCGAGCGUAUCGAGCGCAGUGCAAUGUGGGUCGGUUCUGCAGAAGAUGUCGCGGCCUCGAUAAGUAAGAUUGAGAGGGAGAGGGACGAGAUGAUUACAUAUGGUAUAUUCAUGCGCAUGCUCGGAGCGUCGGAGGAUAUAUAGACUCGGUUUUCUGCCCUCCCUUGACGGCACUUGCGUUGGUCUUCGCAUGUGUUGUACUAGCGGGACCCCGUGCACGGAUUGGGGUUCAAGUAUGCCGUUUACUCAGUAUUGCAGUAGUACUGUCAACAUCAUGUAACAUAGCACGGGUGGCAUAAUUUGUGUUUACGAUCAAGUCAUACAUGUUAUCCAAACUAUAGCUAGUGGUAGUGAAUGGGGCCAGUACGGAUGUGGAUAGUACUGCGGAGGGCA